GACUUUCCAUCUCUGUGACAGUCGUCGACAGGUUACACUAACUUUGACAAAAGACGAAAUGUCAACAGUUUCUCUAAUUCUUUGCUUGGCUUUGAUGCUACACGUCACUAGUGCUUGUGAUGGACCAAACGAGCAGCAGCAAUUAGCGGCUUCCAGACAGCAAUCGGACGAGUAUUUCGCAAAUGCUUAUGGAUUCACUCCGGAAACGUGGAGCGCAUUUUCCUACCAGCCGUCAAACCCUUACUACGCUCCUGAAUAUUCCGGUCACUACGAAGGGCGAACGUCCAUCAACAGCCCACAACCUAUUAACGAGAAUAAUCCAUUUAACAAAUACUUUGCCAACAGUAAUGAAGUAGAGCAGAGCCAAGCAGAAAAUCGUUUCCUGCUCGGUGGUUUGGGUGCCAAUUUGAUCAACACGGGGAUCUUCAACAACCGUUUCACUCCGGCCAAUACGUGGAGGCCCUUCCAAAAUCUGGCCAACAGGUUCCCGGCAGCCAUUACUUUGAAUCCCAACAUUGGCGAUCCGCUCACCACCUUCGACGCUUGUAAAUCUCCCACCGGCGAAGAUGGAAUCUGCGUUCCGGGAAGCGUUUGCUCUUUAUUCCGCGGUCGGCCUAGCGGCUCGUGCGUCUUUGGAAAAGUCUGCUGCAUCAAUACCAUCACUACUUGCGGAGGUACGGUUACCUUAAACAACACGUUCUGGCAAUCUCCAUCAACAGCCGUGAAUUCGCCUUCCACUUGCGCGCUGACUGUCCGGAUGGACACCAAAUUGGUGGAACAAAUAAAGAGGCCCAUUUGCCAAGUCCGUUUGGAUUUCAUUUCCUUCACGACCGCUCAGCCAACCGUCGGCACAUGUUCAGACACUUUUGUGGUCGGCGGAUCGGCUUCCUCGACGCCCGUCAUUUGCGGUGACAACACCGGACAGCACAUGUACCUUGACGUUCCUUCUUCCGCAAUUACUCCAACCGAUAUCCAGCUGAUGUUCAGUUUUGCAGCUGGCGUAACAGCUACCCGUUCGUGGAACAUCAAAAUCGCGAUGCUUCCGUGCGGGGCUUCCUAUCUCGCUCCGGUGGAUUGUCUCCAGUAUUUCUCCUCGGCUACUGGAAAAGUCAAAUCGUUCAACUGGCAGGACGUCACUAGCACCGCCACCCGCCAACUCAACAAUCAAAAUUACAACAUUUGCUUCCGGACUGAACUGGUUUCCGGACAGAGAGCGACCCAGAUGUGCGUUUCAGUUUGCCAGGUGAUAUCCGGCGGUGACGCAUUCCUCAUCACCACCGUAGCUCCCCCUCCCGCUCCCGUUCAAAAUCCCCCUCCCCCUGUCCCUCCCCAGCCUGAUGCGGCUCAAGUAGCAGCUGCUGCCACUUAUUCGGCCGUGGGUUCAACCAACGCUGCAGGAACUGUUGCCGUCUGCUUGUACGAUUUCCUACUCAUCGCCGGAGCUAGAGAUGCCACCGGAGUUGAAGCUGAUCGCUACUGUGGUGGUGCAUUAAAUCCAGCACCCUUGGGAGGAGCUCCUGUUAACCCCCUGGCGGAUGCUGUUCCUUUGGGUGGUUCACCUACUAGUGUCCAAGUUUGCUCUCCAGUCAGGCCAUUCAAGAUGACGUUCCGGACGGACAGCACUGAAGCAGCAGUGGCCGUUAAUGCACCGGCGGCUCCCGUUCCUGCAACAGCCGACACCGGGAAUACUGGAUUCUGCCUUGAUUACCAAGAGCGAUAAACAAUCGAGGAAAUGAGACUUGCAUGAAAUAUC